UAACUUCACAUCAGGUGUUGGUUUGACAGAAAACCAAAUCAUUUGUCUGAAGUUACUGGAAAUGGCCAGCAGUCGGGCAUGGAGGUUAAAACGCUACGGGCGUUUCGUUCCAGGCAGUGGAGAAACAGAUGGGAAGCCCUGGAAGGUAUUUGAGGGAAAUGGCAAUAAACCAGAAAUUGUCCUCACAAUUGUGGACUCUGGAUACUUGCUGGUAUUGCAAGGACAGAAAAGCUUGGAUACAAUCCCUUUGCUCUGUGGGUCUGAUUUUCUCAAAGUGCACCAGAAAUCUGAUAACCUGAUGUUUCAAAUUACUGUGAUGGGAGAGGGACGAAUGAUAAGGAUGCAGUUUGAUGGAAGCAGCAGGGCCGAGGCUAUAAAGGAGUGCUCAAGUGCUGUGGAAAAACUGAUGGAGUACGUUCCUGUCACUACUCAGGACGCCGCCACACCACCCCCUAAUCAGUCCCCCGCUGAGGUCUCUGCACCAGUGAUGCAGACUUGGAAGGGAAAAGCUGUGGGAGUUGAGCCUGAGGUUGUCCAAGGAUCAUUGUCCAUCAAGCGUCUUACCCAGCACUUCUUGGGAGAGACUGCCGUGACUCUGCCUCAAGUAUAUGGCCACAGUUCUUUGGCACAAGGUGACUUGGAGCCCAUCCUGCGUAUUUGUCUGCUGGAUCCCAGCUUUCCUGCAUUUGUGGAGAAGGUGGAGGGAGAGCUGAGGAAAAUGCUUGAAGAGUGAUGAAUCUCAACAACUGCUGAAGGCAGAAAGGUUAAAUCUGUGCCAUGUGUUUUUUCUUAUACAGUUUGUGUAGGCAGUGACUGGUGGUGGUGGUGGUGGAGUGUUUCUGGCUGGGCUGCUGAUGUUUGAAAUGUGUAU